AUGAUUAUGCCUUCCUAAUUCGCUGUUUCUGAUCGUUAACUUUUUGAUUUCAAGAAACCUUAGAAUAACUCAGAUUCAGAAGAAGAAUAACAGUAAUAAUUAUUACUCUUGCAAAAUUGUAACAAAGAAACUAAAAGAUAAAAAAAACUUUUAGAUAUUGAAGCCAUUAAAUAAGAACUAAAUAAUAGACCAUAAAUUGAUUAUGAAGUUACUCCUAAGAUUGGUAUAAAGGCAUCUAGAUUGAUGGCUAAAAGUCUGUCUAAUUUUAUACUUCCUACUUCUCCAGUAUUGAUAGAAUAAUUGUUAUUGGUUAGAUCCAUCAGAUUAAUGAAGGAGCAACUCCCAAUUGAAAUUAUGAAUAAGGUUUACUCUGAAUUAAGGUAAAAUUGUCUUAGAUUAUAGAUAUUUAUAUGUUCCUGCUAACACUGCAGUUUAUAGAUAAGGAGACCAACAUAAAAAAUAUUACAUCAUAUUAGAUGGAAAAUGUGUAGUAAUGAAACCUAAAGAAAAGAUGCUUGGUUUAUAAAAAUUAGAGUAAGAAUUAGAGUGUAAAACUAAAAUACAAUUUAUACGAAAGAAUGAUCCUGAUCCUUAUGGAUUGAAGAGUGCUUUUCCAGAUUAUCUAAUUCUCAAAGUCUUAAUUAAUGGAGAGUAUUAUUUAUUAUUAAAUGCAGCUCUUUUGGAGAGGCAGCAAUCAAAUUAAAUAUUACAAGAUCUUCUACUGUAUUUGCAAUUGAGAAUUCACAUCUAUUAUUCUUAAGUGAAUAAGCAUAUUUAUAAUUACUUGAUCCUUUUUUAAGUAAAUCUUUGGAUGAUAAAAUAAUAUAUUUUACUCAAACUCCAAUUUUCAAAGAAAUUGACUUUGAAUUGAAUGAAAUUAUUGGAAUCCUUUUAGAAUGUCAUCAAAUCACAUAUAAAUCAUCAGAAAUUUUAUAUGAAGAAGAUGAAAGUUCUAAUCACAUAUAUUUCAUAAUUAAUGGUUAAGUAGAAUUAUCUAAAUAAUUGAAUUCUAAACAUUUAGUACUCUCUUCUUAUGGUGAAAAUCAGCAUUUUGGAGAAGUAGAAGUCUUUCAUAAAAUACCAAGAUAUACAAAAGCAAGAGUAAUAUCUCCUAGACUUACUGUAUAUAAAAUAAGAUAAUCUAAAUUCUUUGAUAAUUUAGGAAAUAUUCAAAUUUAUCAAAACUUUAAAAAUAAUUCUAAAAUAAUACUUAAACAUUGGACUAUUAUAUAUCAAACAGCCAAAUCUUAAGAUUUUUAAAAAGAUGAAAUCUUUUAAGCUGCUCAAGAUUAAUUAACUAAUAGAAGAAAUGAAGUCUCAAAAAAGAUUGUUAAUAAAAAGAUUAUUGAAGUUUAGGGAGUUAAACUUAGUUAAGUCAAAGUAUUCUAAAAUCUUGCUGAUAGUAAUAUUUAAGAUAUCAAAUCUAUUGGGAAUUCCCCCAAUAAAACUAUUUUAUAAAGAGUUUACAGUAAUGCCCUUUAACAAUAUUAAGCAAGAUUACUUAAAAAACCUUCAUAAACUCAAUGUUCUGAUGAUCAUUGCAUUAGAAGUCAAAAGUAUCCUUUAAAUAAUGAAAGAACAUUUAACACUGAAAGAAGUAGUCCAGAUAGAAGAAAUAGCAUGUUAAAUCCUAAAUUACCUACUAUGACAUCUAAUUCAUCUUCAAAUUCUAAAGUAGAUUUGAAUUAGGUUUUUGAAUCAAUUAGUAAAUUGCCUAGAAUUCCAAGAGAUAAUCUUGUUUUAUCUUUGAUGUAUUAAUAAGCAUACAAAUCAGAAAAUCCUCAUAAAAAAGCCAAAUAGAUUUAAUAAGUAAUUUAAGCUUCAUUUCGAAAUGUAAGAAGAGAUUUUGAAUCAAAAGAGAAAGUUGUAUCUAAUUUUAAAUAUAAAUCUGCUGAUUCAAUUAUUAAGAAUUUAAAAUAAUAUGAUCCAAGUGAAGAGAGGAGAUUUAAAGAAGAAUAUAUGGUUUUUGUCUAAUCUAAAAGACUAUCUUGA